UAGCUGACUGAAGCAGAGCUGGGCGAAGAGGCACGCCUGGCCUGAAGGAGGGCUGCUCUUCUCUCAUUACUAAGCCAAACACACACACACACACACACACACACACACACACACACACACACACACACACACACACACACACACACACACACACACACACACACAGCCAGGGAGCCGGGAUAGAAUCCUAGGGAGACAGAGUGAGCGCCUGCCGACCUGCAACCAUGGCCGACAUGGAAUCUCUAACAGAGGCGUUGAGUGCCAUCAGUGUGAGCACUGAGCUGGUAGAGCAGGAGUUGAAGCCUCAUCUGGACACCCUGCUGGCUGUGCUACUGGAGAAGAAGAAGGGUGCUGCUGAGGAGAUCGCCUCCAGUGGGAUCCUUCCCAUCUUAGCCCAGUCCCUCAGGGUGAAGAGUCCUCUCACCAACCAAGUGGCGUUGGUGGUUGCAGAAAUGGCCAGGGAAGUGGCGGUGAGGGACCCGUGCAUUGAUGCGGGGCUGGUGACGGUUCUGGUGCCCCUGCUGAACAGUGCAGACGAGGAGCUGCUGCUCCACACUGGCAGAGCCAUCGGACGCAUCUGCUUCGACAACACGGCCCAGCAGGAUCAGCUGGUGCAGUGUGGGGUGAUCCCCAGGCUGGUGGCCAUCAUGAGGGAGAACCUAGAGAACGACCCACUGGUCAACGUGUGUCUGCUGGCCCUCUGUAACCUGGCCGACAUGGACACGACGCGGGAGGCUCUGGUAGAGGUGGGCGUGGCGGAGGUGCUGACGGCUCAGCUAAAACUGGCUACUGACGCAGAGAGAAGACACAUCAUACUGGAGGUUCUGGGAUCACUGGGAGAGAGUGACGUUCUGAAGCUGCAGUUUGUGGAGUCGGGGGUUCCUGAGGCUCUGUCCGAGAUGAUUCGGGGGCUACAGGGUGGCUCUGACCCCCAUGACCUCUGCAGCAUCAAGAUUGCCUCUAACCUCAUCGUUUCCCUCCUGCUGGGAGAUGAGUCCAUGCAGAAGUGUUUUGGCGAGGGCACGGGUGUGGUGUACCGGGAUGUACUCUCUUGGCUACAGUCCUCCAACACUCAGCUGCAACUGUCUGGAGCCCUGGCCAUCGCCAACUUUGCCAGGAACGACAGUAACUGUGUGAAGAUGUUGGAGUUAGGGGUGGUUCCUCAUAUCCUGACCCUACUGGAGCAGCAUGUGGACGAAGGCGACGUGUCCGUCCAACAUGCCGGACUGAGUGCGCUCAGAAACCUGGCGAUCCCAGCCAGUAAUAAGGUGAGGAUGCUGGAGGACGGGGUGACAGAGAGAAUCAGGACCUUGCUGCGCUCUGACAUGCCCCCAGUGCAGUUCAAACUGCUGGGCACCCUGCGCAUGAUGGUGGAUGGACAAGAGGAGGCAGCUGCAGUGCUGGGUAAAGAUGAGGUUUUGUUGGCGAGGAUCAUGGAGUGGUGUGAGGCACGGGACCAUGCAGGGGUCAGGGGAGAGGCCAACCGCCUCCUGGCCGCCCUUAUUAGACAUAGCCGUGCCCCGGAAGUCAUCAAUGCUGUAACCAAAGCAGAUGGGGUGCGACACCUCAUCUCCAUGGCAACCAGUGAACACUUGAUCAUGCAGAAUGAAGCCCUGGUGGCCCUGGCGAUUGCAUCUGCCAUUGACAUCGCCUCCAUGCAGGAAUCAUUCCGAGAGGCAGAGCUCUUGCCCACACUGCAGAAGAUGCUGGAUGACCCAGUGGCGACGGUGGAGUUCAAGUUCAGUGCCCUAGGGCUUAUCUGUAGCCUGGCCAACUCCAGCUCGAUGAAGGAAGAAAUGGAAUCUCUUAACCUGAAGGAGACGCUCAACAAGCUCUCUGGUCACUCCAGCAUCAACGUAGCCACACAGGCUGACACAGUGCUGGCCAUGCUUUCUGAAACCAGCUAGACUGGCCUGACCGGACCACUGUCCUGGUCAAUGUGACCAUAGACUCUCAGCACCACGUGCCACCACAACCUCCCCUACUAUCGUGACUACACCAUUCUCUCCAUGAAAAUAAGCAGAUAUUGAGUCUUCCAAAGCUGGGCCUCCAUUCACCUGGUCUAUGGAGAGCACAGCUGGACAGAGCUACAUUAAGACUGACCAACCCAAUCUGACAGAGCGCUAACAAGGUGAUAGCCUAUGUUCUAAGCACAAGCUGAAUGAGCCAACCCAUGAAAACGCACAUGAAUCACAACAACCCCAGUUCAGUCCUCAUGACCAUCUGUAAAAAUAGUGUUUAUGUGUGAAAUAGCUCUUCUAAUCAGUACUCCAAUCAAUUCACUGUAUGUAUGAUUUCCGAUAACGACCAGUGUAUAUUAUCAAAGGAAACGUUUGCGUAUAGGGUUAAUCAUGGCUACUGUUUCAUAGCAUCUGAUGUGCUUACCCUCAAUGGAAAACACAAAACUAACGCCUGACACUGUUUAUCCAUGUGGUGUUCCAUCUAUACUCUGUAUUGACCAAUGUCCAUAGAUGUAAAUGUUCCUAGAAUGAAUAGGACCUGUCUCUUCUCUGUGGAUCUUGCAUAGUGAGAUCCCCUCUGCAAUAUCUACAGUUUACAGCUCAAGAAAAGCAUUCAAAGCCAAUAUCUCUGAUAUUUUACCAAAGUACAUUUUUAAUUAGUGCUAGUUAUCUGAGAGCACAGGUGGGUGGGCACUGGGGAUAAUCAUUACAGAGCUGUGAGAGUGUCAGGCAGCUCCCCCACUUGUUGCCAGCUCCAAAAUUCAGACUGAAAGGGAUCAAUAUGUUAUGUUGAUGCUGGGCCAGCAAAGGGCUUGUGAUGAAGGGAGCUUUAAUGUUGCACUCAGAGCCCUGCUGAUUCAAAUCCUUUUAACACCAAUUUGUUAAGGGGUCUUGAGCCCAACAGAGACUGACUGGCUAUUUCAAAAGGUUUAAUAGAGCUAAUAGCAACUGAAAAACAGCUCUCCAUCUGUCUUUCCUUUUAGUACCUAAUAGGCUACUCAAUGGGAGCUGAGUUGGUAAAUUAGCUUUUAAUGUUGAAUGAAAUUAUGAAAGAGAUUGGUGGGUUUUCUCACUAUCUAAUCGUAGCAUGUGGUUGUUCAAUGACAGACAUGUAUUUGUUUAAAAUCUAUAACUUUUUCAUUUCAGAGAGACACAUAUUCAUGUUUUUUUGCAAAAUGCUAACAAAUAUGUAACAAAUAACUACAUUUUUAAUAAAGAAAUGUACAAAUUA